ACACUCCUACCUGUGCAGACAAGUCUUGGAGGGAUCUGGGAACCAAGAUGGCUCCUCCAGGUGCUCAGGCCAGGAUUAACUUUUGUGUGCUGCUUUCUUUGUGAAGUGUUGAGGUUUUCUUCCCUUUUUUUAAUUUGUUGAAUAAAUUUGGAUUAUAUCCUGGACUGUUUGAAUACAAGGUGAGAUUCUGAAUCUUGUUAAAAAAAUCUCUUGAGAUACUUUUUGAUUUUUUCUUAAAAAAAAACAAAAACAAAAACAAAAACAAAAACAAAAACAAAAACCCCACUCCUUCCUUUUUCCUCCCUGUAAUUAAACCAGUCAGUCUCACGGCACCUCCCUGGGUAGUUUGCCUGGUGUCAGUUAUGGUUUUAUUCUUUGCUAUUUCAGGUCUGAGAUGUUCUCCAUUGGAAUCUACUUGGAUUUGGGAUGGUAAUGUGUGUGUGUGUGUGUGUGUGUGUGUGUGUGUGUGUGUGUCUAAGUUCAGAUUCCAGAUCUCCCAGGCAGAAAGAAGAAUUUGUGUUGUCUCCACACAAUAUGUCCCUUUAGGACUUGGGCCUACGAAUGGGUUGUAGUAGGAACAUGAAAGAGUGAAAAAACACUGAUAUCUAGGAAGGGAUGCAUUUAAUCAGUUGUCCUGUAUAUUUUCAUUUUAGGAACCCAACAUAAAGAGUAUUUUAUUUAUCAUCAACAAAAUAUGUAACAUUUGGAAAAUACAAGAUUAUAAGUAAGGCAAACCCCUCCUAUUUUCACAACUGCUCAUACUAGCAUUUUAUGUAUAUUUAACUCAUUUUAUAUUUUUAUAUUUACUCUAUAGUGCUAUUGUGCCAUAUAAAUAAUUAUAUUUUGCCUUUUUACUGAUUAUAAGGGAAUAUUUUAUUGCUACUAGAAUCAUGCUUACAAUGACUUUAUAGCAAACAUAUGAAGUUCAUUGGAUAAAUCCAUAUAAUCUAUUCAGUUAUUAUCCUAUUAAUGAAUAUUUCUUUUAAAAAUUGCUGCUUUAGAAUCGCCGAGAUGAAGAUAUUUGUGUGUAAACUUGCCCAUGAAUUUUAGAUUAAUCUUGGGGCUGUUUGUAUAGAUGUGAAGUUACUCUGCCAUGGGACAUGGAUGUUUUUAAGAGAUCUGUGCUAUAACUGUAAAUUGUGUAAUACUGUUGAAUUAUCAACACAUGAUGCCACUAAUGGUGGGUAAGAAGGGGUAAUUACUGCCAUACAUCUUUUACAGACUCAGAGUUCUGUCUGCUCCAGUGAAUCCCAUGAACCCAGUCAGGAUUCUAGGCAUCAUGAAGAACACUCACACUCCGAAUUUGGUUUUUGUGUACCUUAUAAAGUCUGUGCUGCCCCUCACCUUCUCUCUGGGGUGGAGUUACUUCUUGACCUGUGGUGGCAAUGAUAUGUUCAAAAGGCUGAACAGUAUCAACCAGGCACUUGGCAAGCACAAUUAUGCACACACCAUUCCUUCAAAAAUAGCUGUCAUCUCUUUACAGCUGUAAGAGUCAAGUUUCUUGAUAUGCGGUGGAAGCCUUUGACUACCAGAUUUGUCUGUCUGUGAUGUUCUUCCAUUUCUGCACCCAAAUUUCUGCUUUAAUCAUGGUAAACUGUGUAGUAUGAUCUUUUUCAGUCCACAUCUUUGCCCUUACACCUUCCCUUCUCCUCCUCUUUCCACCCCUACCAUACAAUCCCCAGUGCUUACAAUGGUACAACCAUGUGCUCACAGUCUCCACAUUGCCAGUCUUCCUUUCAAGUGUUCUACCCGUUUCAAGUUGCUCUACCCGUCCACUCUCCACAAUACUACCAUGUUUCAGCUGCAUUCAAUUGACUUGCUUUUAUGGACCAAAAGACUCAACACGGUUUCUAAUGCGUGCUAGAGAUUUCACUAGCUUUGGUUAGUAGAAGGAACAGAUACCUCUGAGGUAUCCUUGAUUCUGGUCAUUCCUAAUGCUCCCAUGCCUUAGGGAAACACCCUGCUGACACAGUGAUGUUUGUUCAGUGUUAUCUGUUACUGGAGAUGGUGGUCAGAGAUGCUUGAGUAGUUCUUUGAGCCUGGCUGUAUCAUGAACUGUUUUGCAUCUUCAGAGGUCAGAUGAAUUCAGCCAUGGGUAGCUUGAACAUUGCACUUCUGCCUCUGGAAUUGGAUACCCGAAUGUAGCUCUCUGUGUGCUUUGUGUUGGUUAAUAUUCCAUAUCACCAGUGUGGUCUCAAUCCCCUGCUUUUCUAGAAAACUUUCCUCUUUCUGUUUGCCAUCCUUUGAAAUUCUGUAUUUUGUGUCUGAAGGCUUCAAUAUGUACAAUUGAAAUAGCAAUUAGUUAGCUCAAGAAAUCUGAGAGUUAUCCAGCUUUGCUCUUGAGAAAGGGAACAGAUUGAUGAGUGUACAAUAUGUAAGUGGCUAUUUGAGAAGGGACAUUUGAGGCAAUAAAAUUGUUGAGCUAUAAAAUGUUGCUUAUGCUUUUUUUUGUCUCUUGAAUACACUGGGGAGAAAUAUGGUACAUCAAAAUUUAGUUAAAUACAUAUUUUAGUGAUUUCCAAGAAGUAUCCAGUUUAAGGUAAACAAACCAUGAAAUAAAAUGCAGACCCAUAGAUAAGGCAGGAAUAAAGCAAGGCAAAAUAUCACUUAUUAUCACACUGGAAGUUUUUAAAUGGGUCCUGUCUAUUCAUGUAACCUGAAAGUUUAAGUCAAAUAUGUCCUUAUUUGUUGCCUCCUUUCUGGUCUUAUUUUCCUAAUCAUUCUAGAAGUGCCAAUCCAAGAUGAACAUCUUUCUUCUUGUUUCUACAAAGAGUUAUGGGGACUUGGGGUUAAUUUUAGAUGUUAUAGAUUCCUUCAGAUUGGAUUCUGACCCAGGUCAUGUUAUCUUUGGCCUUGAAGUGACUAUGUGGAUUGGCGGCACAUCUUGGCGGUACAAACCAAGUAGACAGAGGCCUCUGAGCCCAAUAUCCAACAUUUCCUCUCUCCCCCAAAUGGUGGCUUUGUGUUUCGCAUCUGCUAGCUACUUUGGUCUAUAUUAUUUAUUCAAAAGAUUGUUAAGUGUAAGCUUUUAAACAGCCCCGUGAUUGGUGGGUAGAGAGAGAACUGGAUUUCAUAGUGUAAGGUGAGAUCUUUCAUGGCAAGAGUGAUUGGAAGGCAUUGCAAGCGUACAUACUACAAGCCUGCUUCAGCACAAAUGACUUCUUAGAGGCAAUAGGAAUUUCAGAUACUAAUUAUAGCGAGGCAUAUAUGCAGGGGUAGUGAAAAACACUUUCGUGCUUUCUGAUACAGAUGUUAGCACUGCGAGUCCAAAUAUGUUGUUAACUAUUGCAUACCUUCCUAGUUAGGAGAAAACAAAACAAAACAAAGCAACAAAACAAAACAAAAACAAAAAACCCCCCAAAAACCAAAAACCUGUCCUUUCUGGUUUUGAGAUAGUGUCUAUAGUACUUGCAACCUCCAAAUAACUUUUCUUGGAAUUUGGGAUCAUAUCCCAGAGGUAUCAUCAUAAUGGGCAGCUAACUUUCUUUUCCCCCACCUCUGGGUCAGACUAGUGGAAAUAGAAUUGCCAUCGGUAUUUGGCAAGAGCAAUUUCUACAAGCACUAUACGAAGAUUCACACUACUAAGGUGAGGAAACAUGCUGUCCAGCUAACCCUGGGUAUUGACAAGCUGUUACUUAAAUUACGCAGGGGCAGAAAAGGGAACACUGGUCAGCGGUUCUCGAAAGAGCGGGAAAGUGUUGUCUCUGCAGAAAUGAUAAGGCCUGCUGUUUCCCCCUUUUGGAACAGGUCCUGGGAAUUGUGUACAGUUUGUUCUCUCCUAGCUGGUGAAUGGCACUCUGUAGCACUUGAGCAAAUUGGGGUGAGCCUCUUGGAUGCAGUCCCUUGAUUAUUGCUGAUUAACUGCAAAUGUCAUUUUGGCUGCACAUGCUUUUUUGGACUGUCCUCAAUCCAACAGGACUCACAUCGCAAGCAUGGAUCUUGGUUGUGCAUACCGCUUGCAAAAUAGAUUCUUCAAAUAUACUUUUGGAAGAGGGAUGCACUUAGAUAAAAAUAAUCUGUUAAUUUCUGGGGAUAGUGUGUGUGUGUGUGUUUGUGUGUGUGUGUGUAUGUGUGUGUGUGUUUGUGUGUGUGUGUAUGUGUGUAUGUGUGUUUGUGUGUAUGUGUGUUUGUGUGUGUGUGUGUUUGUGUGUGUGUGUGUGUGUGUGUGUGUGUGUGUGUGUUGGAGCUUGAGAUCCAGAAUAUCUGCAUUCCAAUCUAGGCUCUGUUUAAUCUUGGUACAUUCUUCAACUUCUUUGUGGUUCAUGUUUUCCUUCUUUAACAUAGGGCAGCAUUAAUUAUUUGCUCUAAGAACCAAACUGCUAUGGAUACUACUUGGCUUCUGAUGGGGUAUAUGCUGAUACACUCAGUUUAAGUUAAAAACAUCAUGAGGUGAAAAAAUGUGUAUACUAUACUUAGGUAAUGAAUUAUAAUGACUUAAUGGAACAGAACCGUCCUGACAGACACAUCUAGGAACAGCCAUGACAGUGGCCUGACAAAGGAGUUUGAGCUUAUUUAGAACACUGGGGCAUGUUCCUGCAUUUUUGUUUGUAAUAAAAUUGCAUGGCUCUUGAGGGUGGACUUAGAGAUGACAGUGCUGUGCCACAGUGCCAAAAGGUUGAGCAUGCCUGUGAGGGAGGGAUCAGUUAUUUUCUAUCAUGUCCUCUGGGCUAAUGGGGGCUUUCUAUGCAUGUCAGCAUCAUAUGGGAGCAUCCCGCUGACUAUUGCUAACACACGAAGUUCAAAACAGGGAGUGUUGUUUCUUUUGAGCAUGGAUUUCUUUCUCAUUACUGUAAAGGCCCCAUCCAUAUCCCAGUAUAUAUUAAGGUAGCAUUAAAAAAAAGUUCUCAAGAAAUUCUAGAAAUCUAAAACAUGAACCAGCUCUAAGUUUUGUGGCAUCAAAGACAAUGACAAUGACAAAGACAGAUGUGAUCAGGGUCUGUGUAACCAUUGAGGACUCAUUGGCUGGGGACCCUGUAUAUGCAAAUCAAGGAAAUCCUGGCUAAUAACCUUUUCUGUUCACUUCUCACCUCUGUUGUUUUUCUCUCCUCCCCAAUCCAUAUCCCAGGGAACAUUUUGUCCCUCCUCAAAUAUUUCACUUGCUUGUAACAGUUAAUAAUCACUAAAAUGACACUGACUACUUUAUGGUUUGGCUGUUGCCUGUUAUAGCCCUUCUGAGUCCUGUGUGUGUUUUAUAAGUAAAAAUCUUUGGCAGAAUCUUCUUGGUUUUUCCUUUUCCUUUCCUUUUUGGGAUGUAUUUAUUUACUUGACGUUACCUACCAGGAGAACCUUUCUUUCCCUUCACUUGCUUUAGUUUUGUGAACCGAGGCGCCCCCUUUAUUAGCAUCAUAGAUUCACUAUACUUUUUGUCUUGUUACUUUUCCUUGUGUCAUUCCUCACCAGCUGGAGGGUGACUCCUUUUACCCAUGAAAAGAAGGAAUUAAUAAAUUAAAUUUAAUUUCUGUUAGGUCUUCCUUUUGAGUUCACAUUCCAGAAGUGAGUCCAUCUGAGUCUCAAGGGCAAUCAUUGCCUUGCAUAUAGUAUGAAGCAUUAAAUGCAACAAUAAAGACAGCUUUUUUUCCUUAUGUGAAUUAUUUUUAAUGUUUGGUGUUAAACCCAAUGUUUGGGCAUGGCUGGAACACUAAGCCACACCCUCCCCUUCUGGUGAUAUUUGACUGUGAAUUCCACCCCUAUAAAAAUUCUUUCUUGUCUCUCACUUAGAGUCUUUUCUGAGUGUCUUGAUGUAUGUGGUUUCUAAAUGUACUGUAAACUUUGAAUGCCAGUGUGACUCAUGAUAGAAGUUGCCUAAACUAAAAGGAACUUUUAAUUUUGGACUCCCCUCGGUGAUGCGUGGGAAGCAGCAUCUGGAUGACCCGAGCAAGUCAAAUGUUGACAAGCCAUGCUCUAUCCAUCCCAUAACAUGCAGAAAAUGUGGUGCCUCCGCAAGAAAAAAUGUUCAGCAAGGGGAAAACACUAAGUAGCAGUUCCUUCAGAAAAUGUUGGCAAGAGGUUACUUUGUAGGUAUAAUGCAGUCUUGUUGUUCUGACAUGAAAUACAGAACCUAAACAUGUAUCUUCAGACACUUUACUCUUAAAUAUUGAUAUAAUUAUCCUCUUGGUUGUGGACUCUGAGGCCCUGUAGUUUGAUGCAUUUUCACAUCUGAAUGCACUCGGCUUGCUCUCUGUGGCAGUUUGCCUGCACUUACCCAUCCUCCUCUCUUUCUCCUUUCAUCCAUAGUGCUGAGUUGGGGCAAUGAUAAAAGGGUUGUAGGGCUUUUUUCUUGUUCUCGUUAGAUACCUAUCCUGUGCUGUGCUGCGGGUUCCCCUGGAUGCACAAUGCAUUUGAGGUGGAGGUCCUUUACUUGUAAGGCAUCAUUUUCUCUACAAUGGGCUAAGCACAGUGGGAAAGUCCUGAGUUGGGGGUGGGGUGGGUCUGUGAGGAUCCUUGGGAAGUUCUGAAUAAGGUAGCAGUAAGAUGAGGUAGGAUUUAACUUGAAGAAGUGGUUGGGCAUCAGCUUAACAGGGAAAUCAUAAGUCUUCCUAAAGGAGACAACUUUAUUUGAUUACGUAAAACUGUAGGUUACCAUCUGUUACUUCGCAGGUGUAUGUCCGAGGAUCUCUAAGCCAACAUACCAAGGAGAUAUCAGCACCAUUUACUGCUACUUAUUAUAGUUAAAUGGUAUCAGAAGAGAUGCCCGCCCACCAACUAAUAGAUAAAGAAAUUGUGGUACAUAAACACAGUGAAAUUAUCUUUGGCUUAAAGAAAAAUGAAAUUGUGACAUUUUCAGGAAAACAGAUUUUGAGGCCAUUGUGUUAAGAGAAAUAAGCCAGACUGAGAAACAAAUACUGCAGAUCUAUAAAGAGAGCUGUAGACUCUGUAUCCUCAAGGAAGCAGGGACCAGCUAGAUGGAGGAGGGAGGAGGGCGUGAGAGAGCAGAGGGAUGGGUGGAUGAAUGACAAGGAAGUAUAAUGGCAUGUAUGUAUGCAAAUGCCAUAAUGAACCCAUUGCUUUGUAUGCUAAUAAAAAUAGAUGUAGUAAAGAAUUAAAAGACUGUGCAUGUAGCAUUACAAGAUAUAGCUGAUUUGCAGGCAACACUCCCAAAAUAAUAAAAAUCACAAUUGCAGAAUUGCCCAGGAGAAAAUGAUACAACAAUAGCACACAACCAUGAUAUGUGGGAGAGAGAAUUUCAAGGGCAAAACAUUAAGAAGUUUACCAUUGAUGACUAAGGUGUGGGGCGGGGGAAGAGUAGGAACCUAUUAACCAUGGCAACACAGGUGCAUGCUAAAGGAUUAAGGAAUGUGUCAGUGCAAUGUUGCAUGUUCAGCAUUAGCUUGCAAAAGAUCUGAAGAGGAGCUUAGCUUCAGGGAGAUUCUAGUGUGGGGAUUAUUGUGAAGACUUUAGAUGGAGGAUCUAGAUUGGAGUGAAGAUUGUAACAGCAGUUGCCAAUGGAGACAGCUCAUAAUGCAGCGGCCCACAGGGAUGGCGGAUGCUAAACUUUAGUGGAUGCUGAACUGAGUGCUUGCGUCUUUACCUUUUAGACUCUGAUGAGGCUUGGUCGUGCUGGGUACAUUUUUCUUUGUUCACCUAGGUGUCUCUGAAAGAUGAAUUGUCACAUAAGCACAUGGGAUAUCUGCUAAUGCCGAAGUUGUUUUCUAACAUAAGAAACCCGUGGGGAUAUUUCAAAUAUGUGCUAGAGCAGCAUUGGCAACAUAUUGAACCAUUUCAAGGUCAAUAGAAAGUUGGGAGUUGGAGUGGCUUCUGGAUAAGGAUUCUUUUUUUUUUUUUUUCUCCAGAAUUGAAAAAUUCCUUUUCACUUUAAAAAGUCGUUGUGUUUUCUUUAAACCUCUCUCCAGUCCAUUUGUCCGUUCUUGGGUGCUCUGUUAGCAUCUGCAUUCUGAACCUUUGCCCCGCAGUGGGAAUUUUCAGCAUGAUCGUAGCAUCUGUUCUGACCUUUGUUGCUCCCGAGAGCUGCCCUCUCUGUCGCGUGUAGCUGGCCCUUUGCCUCUGCCUUUCCAUCAUCCUUUCUGUGUUCUUCUCUGCAAUAACUUGGGGGCUGCUGAGAACUCAACCCCAUGUACAGUGCCACUCAAACUUGGCCGUACCUCAAGGGGCUACCACACUGCUUGAUUUCUGCACAGACUCUUCACCCUUUCACAUGCAGCUGCUGCUUUGUUCGGAUGCAAGUGGCCCAUGAUUUUCAGAGCAUCCUUCAGUGUUGACUCUUCCAGUGUGUGCUUCAUAGUUCAGAUUAAGUGAAUAGAGCAGAAUUGGACCAUGCAGUUGGAAUGAAGCAGAUCUAGCGAUUCUUAAAAACAGGUAUAGUGCUACACAGUUGAGUUAUCUCAUUCUCUCUUUAUACUAGCCCUAGGAGUUAAGUAAUGGUGCUGUCUUCAUUUUAACAGAAAGCAAUAGAGAUUUUUUUUAAAAAAAGUCUUUUGCCUGAGGUCACAUAAGCACCUUGUUUAAGUUCACAUGGGUGGCAUGAUCCAGAGCCUACACUUAGAGCCAUCACUGCAUAAUCAAGGUAAUUAGCGUCUUAGGAUUUUGUUGCUGUGGAGAGACACCAUGACUACAUCAAUUCUUGUGAAUGAAAAUGUUUAAUUGGAGCUGGCUUACAGUUUCAGAUGUUUAGUCCAUUAUUGUCAUGGCGAGGAAGCAUAGCAGUAUGCAAGCAGACAUGGUGCUGGAAAAGGAGCUGAGAGUUCUACAUUUGGAUCUGCAGGCACCAGGCAGAGAGAGAGAACUGGCUUGAGUUUCUGAGACUUCAAUAACCACCCAACAGUGACACACUUCCUCCAACAAAGCCACACCUAUUCAAACCAGGCUACACCUUGUAAUAGUGCCACUCCCUAUGGACCAAGUAUUUAAACAAAUGAGUCUAUGGGGGCCAUUCCUAGUCAAACUACCACAGUUAGCUUCAGACACUGUGAUUGUUAUACUGAGCUUGUUUUGGGAUGUGACCACCAACUGAUGUGAAGGCAGUGAUACUUGUAUCGUGUCUAACUUAGAUGUUCAAAAACUAAGUCUUUGCAUUUAGCUACACGAUUCACUCACAUUAUUUGCUUAACAUUUACUCUGAGGAUUUCAGUAGCUAUUGACAUCAUGUACAUUUUCGGCCAGUAUUUUUUUUUUUUUUUUUUUUUUAGUCGUCAUUUAAGUGCUAUUAUAUAGAGGAGGCAGCUUGGCCCCUUCUGCAUUAUAAGCUACAGAUAAAACUCCUAAAUAUAAUGAAAUAAGAAGUUCCCAAAAACACAUGGCUUGGGAGUAGUGGCAUGUAUGUAAUAUCCCUAUGUGAAAUAUUCCUAAGUAUUAAGUAUGACCAGGGGCUGACUGCAAAUCAUCCAUUUGCUUCGGAAGACAACAAUAUACAUGGAAAUGGAACAAGAAAAAAAGUUUUGCUCCGUUUUUUUGUAGAAACCAUAGCAUUCAGGAUUUGGUACUUCACUCUGUGGUUUUGCAAAUGGCACUUGAUGACAGACACUUUCUCACGAGAAGGCCUAGUGUGCUCUCUAUCUAUUAACCAGCCAUGUUUCUUACUGAAUAUCUGACCUCUAUGGAUCAGUAUAAAGCACAAUGGGUAAUACUGACAAUGUAAUUUAUAGCAUCCUCUUUCUGUCUUACCUAUUGCCGUGCUGUGCGGUAGGCACAGGAAGCUCUCUUCCUCAUUUAGUAGGUGAGGAAAUGGAGAUCCCGAGAGGACUAAUUCACUUGCUCAGCGUUGCAGCCAGUAAGUGAUAAAACCGUAACUGGAACUGAGGUUCUUUGUGUCCUAAUCCAGGGAUGUUCCUGCUCUGCCGUGCUCUCUGCAGUAUACGGGAAUGCCCCAUGUACACACGGCAGCUGUCUCAGCACCCCACGGCUUCCACAGCCUGCAACGGUUUUGAGAUAUUUCCAUUCCCCUCAUCGUUCUUGGUGACUUAAAGUUUGGGAUUUGAGGACCUCAAAUUCUUAUCCAUAACCUCCCCAACUCUGUGUUCUUCAGCUCUCAGAUAUACAAUUAAUUUCAACUUGAAUUUCAUUGACACUGGGAUUUCUUUAUUAUGGGAGGCUGGGUACUGCAGAAUGUUAAGUAAGAUCACUGGCCCCAUUCACUGGACUUCAGAUGUACUCUUCCUCCUACUCUAGACCACCAAUGAUACCUGCAGGUUUGCCAAAUGUGGUACACAAUAUUAUUCUAGUUGAGAACCAUUGGUGUAAGGCUUUCUAUGUUGUCUCUGCCUUCUACUAGCAAUUGACUUUCUGAUUUCUUUCUUUCUUAGUGCCAUUCAUUCUCACAGCUCAGUAUGCCCCUUUGCACUGAAAAAAAAAUAAUCCAUCUCCUGAAAUCAAUGUAUUUACUGCAGUGCUCUAGGUCAGUGUAACUGUUUAGAAUCAGAGCUACUUUUGAGGUGCUCAAUGACUUGGAAACACUACGAUAAUCUUUAAGAAGGCAAAGACUUGCUUUUACUCUUCUUGGCCAUGGGGAAGGAAGAAUAGGAUUUUGUGAAAAUUAUGAGGCAAGUGACAUUUGUCUUUAUGAUUGCUCUUUUUUGUCAUUAAUUCCUUGUGUCUCUCAAUGUUCCUUCUCUAAAGCUUUCAAGUCACUCCUUCUUUACUCUUUAUAAAACAGAACAGUCCCCUCCCGUCCUUACUUCUAACAGAGUCCCAUAUGAGUUAACAUCGCAGCUAAUUCUUAGUAGGGUCAUGCAGUCAAUUCAAUGUAUUUGAAACUGGAAAUGCUUUAUAGAAUUGGCUAAUAUCUUCCUUUUAGCAUUUGUAUUUUGGUAAAGGAAUAAGUUUCUGGGAUCGUGCCAAAGUAAAAUGAAGACUUUUCAGCAGAUGGGCAAGAUAGUUUUAGAUGCAAGUCUUCCUUAUGCAUCUUAAGUCGUAUCUCCCAGACAACCACUUAAUAUAGUGACGAGCAAAAUACAUUUAAAGAGUUUUGAAAUAGAGUUCUCUCUGUGUUCCUGCCAUCCACACAGUUCUACAGUUGGAUAUACUAAUCUCUUCUGGUUAUACAAGUUUUGUUACUGUUUGUUGAUGUUGUUUUCUUUUCCAAUAUUAGCAAUGUAGCACUAGAUACAGAAGUCAAAAAAAGAAAGAAGUACAUUGCUAUAAGCUGAUAGGAAAUGGAAACUCAGUUUCAAAAUUGUGUGUAGAAAUUACAUAUAAAUUACACAUGAGACUUUGUAGUAUAGGGUAGAGAGUUCUGGUAGUGGGAAACAAUUUAUUCUGAAAGUAGAAAUAAUUUUUGUACAAGAUAAAAUAGUUGAAAAAUAUAUCAAAUAAUUGAAUAUUAUAAAGAGGGUUAUUUGGAGAAAGGUUUGUGAAGCUAUAGGAAGACAUUUUUAGCCUUGGAUCUAAGGAGAAUUUGUGAUAUAUGAGUGUGAGUUUCUUCCUUGCUUUGUUUCAAGCUCAAUAUACUGUUAGUAGAAGACAUUCAUAUAAUAUUUGCUGUAGAACAUCCCAAAGCCAUAUAGUCUAAAAACUACAAUUAAUCAUAUGAAAAUAUUUUAAACGACAAAUUCACUUUUAAAUCCAGCUAAAACAUGGUAAGUCAUAAGACUAUGGACACAGGCUGUACAUUCAUAUAGAGAAGAGAGAAAGAACUCUGCCCAGUUCUGGUCUAAAGUGAGUCAUAGUCUAUAUAGCUGUUUCUUUACACUCAUGAUUUUCCCUGUAAUGUGCCAGGGAGGGGAGUUACCCCAGUAUUAUAUUCCAAGUAUGGAUGCUUCCUUAUCUUUACAGUUUAGGAGCUUGGUUUUGCCUUUCGAUGCUUCAGAAUUCUGCUCGGGAUAAUAUUUAGGGACUCAUUAACAGAGUCAAUGCAAAUGCAAUCAAAAAAAGGCUUUUCAUCAGACAAAGAAUGUGUUAUUUAAAUUAUUCUUUAAUGAGGGCUUUAGAAAGUAUCCAUAGCACACAAGGCAUUUUGUGCUGUGCUAGUGUUGUUAAAACGAAACCCAAGGCAAACACACAAUCAAAGAAACAUAACAGUAGCCAUCUCCAAAUUAUAGUUUGCAAAGGCAUGAUUAGAAUGGGGCCAACACACAAUACUACAGACACACUGGUGAAGAAUACAAAUGGCACGUGGGGACUCGUCACUCUUUGCACAUUUCCAAGAGAGGUCAGCUGCAGAGGAGGCUACUGUGGAUUGACGGCUGGAAGAAGCCAUUUCUUAACUCUUCCAUUUGGAGGAGCAUCUUGAAAUUCCUCUGAAUUCAUCUUCUGUUUCUCUGAACAGAUUCUUGGAGUAUGAUAUCCCAAUUUAAGCUUUCCUGGAAGACUGGCUCUAGUUCCAGGAUGUAUUUAAGAAGUCUUGAAAAUUCCCCUGGAGGUAUUCUAGUCCUUGCGUCUUCUGUAAAGGAUCACGUUGGCAUCUGUGGGUCUGUGCAGCUUCUGUUUUAAAUGGCAGGUCUUCUGCAUGCACCUGGUCCAACCAUCCACUUCUGCUUCUGCUGGGAUACUACACCUAGCCUUCCACCCUUAUCCUGGUAGUAAAAUGCGUACAUAGAAAUGAGAUUUCAUUUGCAUCCCUGUGACUCUGGACCCUCGGAUUUCCUUUCUCAGAUUCUGUUUGCAUGUCUCUAACUUGGGAAUAGUUAAGUAGUUAAAGUUCUAAGUGGAUCAGAGUAGCAGCGUCCCUCUUUGUAUGUCUUUUUUUGCAACUUCUCUAUUUUGUUUUGAAAUUAGAAUUUGCUCCUGUUGCGUGUGAAAUAGAUUUAUUUUCACAUUGACACGGAUAGCCUUUUAAGAUUGAGAUACUCCAGUUUCUCUACUGCAAAGGCCACGGUAGAUUCUCUAAUUUACCUAUGGCAUUGUAGGUGAAGGGAAUUAACAUGGAGGAGAAAUUGAUGUAUCAGCAGUGCUUGCGCUGCUAAAGGCAUGGACCCUGAGUCCUAGGUGCCAUUUAUUACAACUUCGUGAUUCUCAUCAGAAUGUUAAAUAAAAACACAACCAAGAGAAGAGUGGUACAGUCUCAAGUCAGAGAUACAGUGGGUAACUUAAAAUAGAUAGUACUUCUCUAUAAAAUUGAAAGUAAAGAUGAGAGAUGGUCUCUGCCUAGAGAAAAUACAAGAUUGAGUCAAGAAUAAAACAUGAAGUCCAGAAGGAAGAUUAUGUAUAAAUGACACAGCAGGACUGAAUUUGCCACCAACCACAGUACUUGACUUGUAUCUGUGUCCCUUAAAGGAAAAAAAAAUGCACACAUUUCUCUUAGCAUCAAAGAGGCAAUUCAAAUCUAAAGUGCUGCAGUUUUUCUCUUGGAUGAUCUUUAGGUGUGUCAGAGAUGUUGAUUAUGAUCGCAGAACUUCUUUCACUGCAGACGUAUUAUAAGUAAGGAAAGUCCAGCAGUUUCUUGCAAUCCCCCAGGUAAAAUCUGCCUGCUAGCACUCAUAGCCUUGAUUUUGAUAUAGAAAGCAAAAACACUGCUAGGGAGGGGUGAUGAACACUGCCCUGCCCAAUCGGUCAUUGUCAAGACUCAUCUAACUUUAUUUCUUUCUCAACUAAGUUUGUCAGCUUCUCUGAUUUAGAAACUCAAUGGCAAAAUGUGAUCAUUUUCAGACAGGAAAAGGCCGUGGACUGCAGCUAUGGUGACGAAUACCCUAUUUACAUUAAGUUUGAGUUUCCAGAGUAGUUAUUAAAAAUGUUUAAAAUUCUAGAUUAGAAAUGUAGAAAUUUCCUUUUGGGAUAAACAGCCUUUAAAAAGUCACAAUUAUAUAAAUCAUAAAACCUACUUAGAUUAGAUCAUUGGUAUGCAGCCUCUAUCACAGUGCUGUGUGAAUAAUGGAUUUGUGUUCUUUGUUUUUUUUUUUGUUUGUUUGUUUUGUUUUUCAUUACUCCCAUUUAGAAUCCCAAACUUUUUAAUCCUUAAAAAUAAUUGUUUCAUCUGAUUCAAUUUAAUGGGUUCCAUUUCUGAGACAAAACAUCUUUUAUCUUCUGGUUGAAUUUUCAUUUUGCUUUUAACCUUACUCAUGUAAUUAAAGAAAAUAUAUCUUCAAUGGAAUUUUUACCUUCCCCACACUGCUAGAUUAUAAAAACCAUGACCAGAAGAUAUUGUAUAGAUUUCAAAACAAUAAUUUUAGACUUAAAAAAGGAAAUAGGAAUCUUUAACCAGUGACGCAGAAUGGCAAGUCUUUCGCAGGACUCUGUACUGAAAACAUCUGGAACAUGACUAACGUUUUGGGAAAUGUGAUCUACGAGCAAACGUUAACAGGAGUUGAAAAUUAUUUUAUAUGAAGAGGAAUAAGUAAUAAUUUUAAAAGAGAGUCUAUAAGUUCCCAAGCAACAGUUGAAAGAAGAAUGCCAAAUGCUAUCUAUUUUUCUAAUUACUAAGGGAUGUAUCAUGUAUUAUGGAAUGAAUUUGUGUUGGGAAUGAAGAAAAAAGUUUGUAAGCAAUGUCCCAGAAGGAUUGCAAAUUCUGUAAACAGCAAAAACAUAGUCAAUAUCCGUGUGCUGCCAGGGCUUUUGAGGCCUUGGUUAAAAUGGGAAAUGUUUUCCAUUUGUCAGUAAAGUGGUCAAUAUGUCCAUGUGUUCAUUAUGUGUGUCACGUAUUUCCUUAUUCUGAAAAGCUAAGGUAUAAGAGUUUCAUGGAAAAAAAAAUCCGAGUCUUUUAGAUUAGAUUCCUAUUUAUUUCUCAUGAUUUUUAUUUAUGUGUGUCUGUGCAUUUAUGAUUGUGUUUACCAAAAACACAUGUCAGAGGAUAACUUUGGGCUAGUUUUCCUUCUACCAUCUGAGCUAUACUCUCUGGGAUAGAAUUUUAGGUCAUUAGUUAUGGUCUCAGGGAUCUUUACCUGCUGAGCUGUCUUGCUGGAGUAAUUUGAUGGGUUUAGAACUCACUGCUGGAAUGAGGCUGUGUGACAGUGUUUACUGGCUGUGUGAAGGUAUUCUAGCAAGCAACAAACUACUGUACAAAACAGUGCUUUUAAGUACAGAGGGGGACCAGUGUCCUGAGCCUUGGAGACUGUGAAAAGGAAGUUAAGUCUGAUGACAUAGGAAAGUCAAAAAGAGAACUCAUUGUCAAAGACAUUAUUGGACAAAAUACUUUUUUUUUUAAAUCCCACUUUCCUCACUGAGAAUAUGGAUCAAAUUAAGGGCUUACAUUAAAGUGUAGAGAGCAAAAGGGAUUUUUGUGUUUCUGAGAAAGUGUUUGGAAAUACGUGGGAGGCAUUUCUUCAUUCAGUACAUUUUUUCCCUCUUUGUUUCGUACAAUGAUAUUUUACAGUGCAUUCUUUGAAGCAUCUCUAUUCUUUCUCUCUGCUUUUGUCUAGGGCUGAAAUAAAAUAAAAAAUUUAGGGCUAUAUAAUGCUGUCAGGCCCAUAAUGAAAUCUAGCUUUAUUUAUGGGUGCCUAGAGGGCUCAGAACAGUCUAGGUUUCUAACUGUGGUGUUAAACAUUGCUUGACACUCCUUUCCCUUGAAUCCUUUGAAAAAGAGCUGAUUUUUUUCUUAUAUUCAUGCAAAAGAGCCCUUUGAGAAUAGUGAAAGAGGAAAGCAGCCUGCUCAGAUGUGGAUUAUUUUAUAAUAUAACCUGUGGUAUUGUUGGAGGAGGAUGCAGCUAUUGGUAAGUAAUGUAGGUCUGAUUUCUAUGGAGUAAAAGCUGGUGCUAUGCAGCUAUCAAUGCUGAGAAAUAAACCCUGGGUGUGCCUGUGGAUGUCAGUAAUGUCAGCAUGGAACCUGAGGGUGGCAUGCAUUCAAUCACAGUAUCAUAUGGGACCCGAGGGUGGCAUGCAUUGAAUUAAAGUAUCAUGAACUGACAUGGACUCUGUCUCUUAGUUGUUCUAUGUAAGUUAAUUUAAAUGAGUUCAACCAUCAUCCAUCUAUCUAUCUAUCUAUCAUCUAUCUAUCUAUCUAUCUAUCUAUGAUCUAUCUAUCUACCUACCUAUCUAUCUAUCUAUCUAUCUAUCUAUCUAUCUAUCUAUCAUCAAUUAUUUUUAUUUACCUACAUACCUAGAUAGCUACCUAUCUACCAUCUAUCUAUGUAUGAAUAUUGGCAAGAUAAUUUUAUGGACUGUGACUAGAAAUAACUGAGGUGACUUUCCUUAGAAUCUGGGAAUAUGUAAGUUAUUUUCUUAGAGUUGUUAUAUGUAAGUUAUUUUAAUUUAAAUGAAUUUAGAAUUUAAUAGCCCAACCAUGAUCUAUCUUCCUUCCUUCCUUCCUUCCUUCCUUCCUGUCUUUCUUUCUUUCUUUCUUUCUUUCUUUCUUUCUUUCUUUCUUUCUUUCUUUCUUUCUUUCUUUCUCUCUCUCUCUCUCUCUCUCUCUCUCUCUCUUUCUUUCUUUCUUUCUUUCUUUCCUUCCAUCUAUCUAUCUAUCUAUCUAUCUAUCUAUCUAUAUAUCAAUCAAUCAUCAACUUGUUUAUCUACCUACACACCUAGAUAGAUACCUACCAUCUAUCUAUAUAUGAAGAUUGGCAAGAUAAUUCUAUGGGCUCUAUGACUGGAAAUAACUGAAGUGACUUUCCUUAGAGUCUGGGUGUUUUGUUAUCAUAUGUUUUCUGUUUGUAAUGGGAUAUUGUUACUAACCCUGUGGGAAUAGGUUAGGGUACUUGUCACAAUAAAAAUGUCCACACUAGACAUAGUCUAGAGAACCAGAGGGGUCACAGAGAUGUGGUAUUCAAAUUAUCCAAGUGAUCCAGAAUGGGUACCACAUGGGAGAUGCUUGGAAGUAUAACAUCUGAAGCACCAACUUGAACUUGUUUCUAAGUCUACACUUUAGAUAGGUUAUGAGGUUAUAGCAUGCACAUUAAAAUUUGAGAAUCACUGAUCUACAGCUUCUGAGAUAGACUGGAGUGGUCAUGGAAGGAAAGAAAUUAGAGCAUCAAAUAUGGUGAACUCUGAGCCUGGAAAGUACAAUUAAAUCAGGGUAGAUAGGAUCAAGAGAAGACAUAAAGAGUUUGAGUUUCAGUGUUGUGAGCGUGUUGGCUAAGAGGAAGAAUCGCUGUUGUUUUCAAUGAUUUGUCACAAUUAGAGUCACCAUUGUUGGCUUGGCAGUUGGAGUGAUCAUGUAUAGCCUUGUGUAUGAUUAUGGGUGGAACAGACAUUAGCUGAUGAUAUAAUCUGGCGACUAUUAAAUUAUGGACUUGCUCCUAGGCUUGGGAUUUUGAUGAGAAUGGAACACGUGAGUUGGGUCAAGCUGGGGGGAGGAAAUGAAUGUUGUUGCUUGGAGGUCAAAACCAACCAAAACUUGUUCUCCAGAGAAAAGGAGGUUUUGAUACAUCUAGCUUACCUGUGUUCAUCUCCCAAGUCUGCUGAGUAGUGGGUGAGUGCUGUGUUCAGCUCACGUGGCCAUGGACUGCCCUCAGAUGUGAAGAUGGAAACAUCAUUCAGAGGAGAUUUGAGAAACAGAGACACAUUCUGCUGGAAAAACACCAUUUUUAUUUGUUUCUUAAAUUAAAAUGAAAUAGUUUUACUAUCAAUAACAAUUUUAAUUUAAUUUUUAUGUUACUUUCUCUUAAAAAUAGAAAUGCACUUAUUAUAUUAGAAGUCAAAAGGCUGUGCAGUAAAUAUAUAAACCAUUCUAUACUCUGGUGUGAAGUAUUUAGCAGACUCCAUCUCUUUGCACAUAUUUCUUUCCAGUUUUGGCAUCUUUUCUUUCCAGCUGGUAACUAUACUAUGGCUUUUUAUAUAUAGCUUUCUAUAUUUUAAGAAUAAAAGAUUAGUCAUUUGACACCUUCAGAAGGGAAUAGAGCAUGUUUUAGUCACAAAUAUACCUAAUAAAAACAUAUAGGGUCUUUUAGGACUUUACUAAAGACCCAAAGGAAAAAAAGAUAUUUCUUUGAACUUGUUAACACUGUAGGCUGGAAAUGAUGAGAUAGGUCGCAGUAUAUUUUGGUCCCUGCCAAUUAUGCCUGUGAGAUCAGAGGUAUCUGUGAAAUAUAUUUUUAGUGGUUGCACAGCAUUUAGCGGCGGCGGUCUUCAUCCUACACUCUGUGGCUUAACUUGGCAAAUAUGAGAAGGAACAUAAACCACAAAGUGCUAUGGGUCUUAGGAUAUAAUGAAGUCAUGCAUUACAGUAAAGGGUGGCGGUGGUGGUGAGAAUCGACCUUUCCCCAUAGCUAAGGUCUUUGUGCUUCAGUGCAUCAUCUAUACUUGAUCAUUUGCAUAUUUUUUAGCCUGCUAAAAUUGCAUUAAUUUCCCCCCACUUCUAAGCUUCAGACUUAAGUGUCUUUAUUCAUGUUCAUGGUACUGUUGGGUGCCAACUGGAAUAUACUGCAAUGCCAUGCUCUCUAGCUCUCUUACACAUUGGAUUCUCAUAUUCAUUGGCAUUUUUCUGAAUUUCCAUUGUAGAUCACGGUACUCCAGCUCAGCAAUCAAGAUGGUUCAGUUGCGUGGGGAACAUGAAGCUGGAUUGAGAAGUUCUGAAACUAAGAAAAAUAACUGAAAUCCUGAUUCUCCAAUUCUUCCCCUGGCAUGUAUAUAGGAGUACUGUACUUUUGUAUUAAAAUGGAGAAUUGUGAAGACAGGAAGAGGUAGCACUUGGAAAUGACUCUCCUGGAUGAGUAGAUCACUUAGGAGUCGUCGGCAUUACAGAACGAUAUGCUGGUUUGGAAGGUGCUGGAACUAAAUUGCAAACUUUCAUUUUUUUCAUUCAACCCAUGGAUUUUCUAAUUGUUCCUUGGAGUAGAUGAAGUCCGAAGCCAGUGUGUGAUGGGGCAUGAGGCGUGCCAGUGUUUUCCUACUUACUGCAUCUUGGAUUAGUUUGCUGCCAUUUUGAAGAGUUUGCAUUUUUGUGGGCAAGGACCUAAUGUGAUGGAUUUAUCUUCAGAAAUGAACAGACAUGGGAAGAAUCCGGUGAGUCACAAGCUGGAAGACCAGAAGAAGAUUUACACUGACUGGGCCAACCACUACCUGGCAAAAUCCGGCCACAAGCGGCUGAUCAAGGACUUGCAGCAGGACAUUGCGGACGGGGUCCUUCUGGCAGACAUCAUCCAGAUCAUUGCAAAUGAGAAAGUCGAAGAUAUCAAUGGAUGUCCGAGAAGUCAGUCUCAGAUGAUUGAAAAUGUCGAUGUCUGCCUUAGCUUUCUGGCAGCCCGAGGAGUAAACGUUCAAGGCCUAUCUGCUGAAGAGAUAAGAAAUGGAAACCUAAAAGCCAUCCUAGGGCUCUUUUUUAGCUUGUCUCGCUACAAGCAACAGCAGCAUCAUCAACAGCAGUAUUACCAGUCCUUGGUGGAGCUUCAGCAGCGAGUGACUCAUACCGCCCCUCAGUCCGAAGCCAGCCAGGCCAAAACCCAGCAAGAUAUGCAGUCCAGUCUGACAGCCAGAUAUGCAGCUCAGUCUAAACACAGUGGAAUUGCAACCAGUCAGAAAAAGCCUACUAGGCUUCCAGGGCCCUCUAGGGUGCCAGCUGCGAGCAGCAGCAACAAGGCUCAGGGAGCCUCCAAUCUCAAUAGGAGAAGUCAGAGCUUUAACAGCAUUGACAAAAACAAGCCUCCAAAUUAUGCAAAUGGAAAUGAAAAAGAUUCCCCCAAAGGACCUCAACCAUCUUCAGGUAUAAAUGGAAACACACAGCCUCCCAGCACUUCUGGGCAACCCCCAGCCUCAGCCAUCCCUUCCCCGAGUGCCAGCAAGCCCUGGCGCAGCAAGUCCAUGAAUGUCAAGCACAGUGCCACCUCUACCAUGCUGACAGUGAAGCAGCCAAGCCCAGCCACUUCUCCCACACCAUCUUCAGACAGACUGAAGCCCCCUGUCACAGAAGGGGUCAAAAGCGCUCCUUCGGGACAGAAAUCUAUGCUUGAAAAAUUCAAGCUGGUUAAUGCCCGGACAGCACUACGCCCCCCUCAGGCUCCCAGUUCUGGACCUAACGAUGGUGGAAGAGAAGAUGAUGCCUUUUCUGAAUCAGGGGAAAUGGAAGGUUUUAACAGUGGUCUGAAUAGUGGCGGCUCGACAAACAGCAGCCCCAAAGUGUCACCUAAAUUAACCCCUCCGAAAGCGGGAAGCAAAAAUUUCAGCAAUAAAAAGUCUUUGCUGCAGCCAAAAGAAAAAGAGGAAAAGACCAGGGACAAGAAUAAAGCCUGCGCUGAGAAGUCGGGAAAAGAAGAGAAGGACCAGGUGACGACGGAGGCAGCUCCGAAAAAGACUUCUAAAAUUGCAAGCUUGAUCCCAAAGGGCAGCAAGACUGCAGCGGCCAAGAAAGAAAGCUUAAUUCCAUCGUCCAGUGGAAUUCCAAAGCCAGGCUCAAAGGUGCCCACGCCAAAGCAAACUAUUUCACCUGGCAGCGCAGCAAGUAAAGAGUCUGAGAAAUUCAGGACUAGCAAGGGAAGCUCUUCUCAGGCCUUCCCAAAGGCCAUCACAGCGGAGAAAGCAAGCACGCCCAGCCUCUCUACCCCUCUGGAUGGGCGGGAAGCUGGGCAAGCGUCUCCCUCCAGCUCCUGUGUUAUGCAGGUCACACACAGCAGUGGACAGAGCCCUGGCAAUGGAGCUGUCCAGCUUCCUCAGCAGCAGCAGCAUAGCCAUCCCAACACAGCCACGGUGGCUCCGUUCAUUUAUAGGGCACAUUCAGAAAAUGAAGGCACCUCUUUACCACCUGCUGACUCCUGUACCAGUCCCACAAAGAUGGAUUCUUCCUACAGUAAGACGGCUAAGCAAUGCCUAGAAGAGAUAUCUGGGGAGGACCCUGAAGCUCGGAGAAUGCGCACAGUCAAGAACAUAGCAGAUCUGAGGCAGAACUUGGAAGAGACAAUGUCCAGUCUUCGAGGGACCCAGAUAAGCCACAGCACCCUGGAGACAACCUUUGAUACGACUGUGACAACUGAAGUGAAUGGAAGGGCCAUCCCCAACCUGACAAGCCGACCUUCCCCCAUGACCUGGAGACUGGGUCAAGCGUGCCCUCGUCUACAGGCUGGAGAUGCCCCCUCCAUGGGCGCUGGAUAUUCUCGAAGCGGUACCAGCCGAUUCAUCCACACGGAUCCCUCCAGGUUUAUGUAUACCACGCCUCUCCGCCGAGCUGCUGUCUCGCGUCUGGGAAACAUGUCACAAAUAGAUAUGAGCGAGAAAGCAAGCAGUGACCUGGAUGUGUCUUCUGAAGUGGAUGUUGGUGGAUACAUGAGCGAUGGUGAUAUCCUUGGGAAGAGUCUGAGAGCGGAUGAUAUCAACAGUGGGUACAUGACAGAUGGUGGGCUCAACCUAUAUACCAGAAGUCUUAACCGAGUCCCGGACACAGCAACUUCCAGAGAUGUCAUACAGAGAGGCGUUCACGAUGUGACAGUGGACGCAGACAGCUGGGAUGACAGCAGUUCUGUGAGCAGUGGCCUCAGUGACACACUUGAUAACAUUAGCACAGAUGACCUCAACACCACGUCCUCCAUCAGUUCUUACUCCAACAUCACUGUCCCCUCCAGGAAGAACACUCAGCUGAAAACAGAUGCGGAGAAACGUUCGACAACAGAUGAGACCUGGGAUAGUCCUGAGGAGCUGAAGAAAGCCGAGGGAGAUUGUGACAGCCAUGGUGACGGAGCCGCCAAGUGGAAGGGUGCUACUUCUGGACUUGCUGAAGACUCGGAGAAGACAGGGCAGAAAGCCAGCCUGUCUGUGUCUCAGACAGGCUCCUGGAGGAGAGGCAUGUCUGCCCAGGGAGGAACUCCAGCUACAGCUAGGCAGAAAACCAGCACAAGUGCACUCAAGACCCCUGGGAAGACAGAUGAUGCCAAAGCUUCCGAGAAAGGGAAAACUCCUCUCAAAGGAUCAUCCUUGCAAAGGUCUCCUUCAGAUGCAGGGAAAAGCAGCGGGGAUGAAGGGAAAAAGCCACCGUCAGGCAUUGGAAGAUCGACAGCCAGCAGUUCUUUUGGAUACAAGAAGCCAAGUGGUGUAGGGGCUUCCACUAUGAUUACCAGCAGCGGUGCCACCAUCACAAGCGGUUCAGCUACACUGGGGAAAAUCCCCAAAUCCGCUGCCAUUGGUGGGAAGUCCAAUGCAGGAAGGAAAACCAGCCUGGACGGGUCCCAGAAUCAAGAUGAUGUUGUCCUGCACGUGAGCUCGAAGACCACCCUCCAGUACCGUAGUUUGCCCCGCCCUUCUAAGUCCAGCACCAGCGGAAUCCCUGGGAGAGGUGGCCACAGGUCGAGCACCAGCAGCAUUGAUUCCAAUGUCAGCAGCAAGUCAGCUGGGGCCACCACCUCCAAACUGAGAGAACCGACUAAGAUCGGCUCAGGGCGCUCGAGUCCAGUCACUGUCAACCAAACAGACAAAGAGAAGGAGAAAGUAGCAGUGUCAGAUUCAGAGAGCGUUUCCUUGUCAGGUUCCCCCAAAUCCAGCCCCACCUCUGCCAGUGCCUGUGGGACUCAAGGGCUCAGACAGCCAGGGUCCAAAUAUCCAGAUAUUGCCUCGCCCACAUUUCGAAGGUUGUUCGGUGCCAAGGCAGGCGGCAAAUCUGCCUCCGCACCUAAUACUGAGGGGGCGAAGUCCUCCUCAGUAGUGCUCAGCCCUAGUACCUCUUUAGCCCGACAAGGCAGUCUGGAGUCACCGUCGUCCGGUACGGGAAGCAUGGGCAGUGCUGGUGGGCUGAGUGGCAGCAGCAGCCCUCUCUUCAAUAAACCCUCAGACCUAACUACAGAUGUUAUAAGCUUAAGUCACUCCUUGGCUUCCAGCCCAGCGUCGGUUCACUCUUUCACAUCCGGUGGGCUUGUGUGGGCUGCCAAUCUGAGCAGUUCCUCUGCCGGCAGCAAGGACACUCCAAGUUACCAGUCCAUGACUAGUCUCCAUACGAGCUCUGAGUCCAUUGACCUGCCCCUCAGCCAUCAUGGCUCCCUGUCUGGACUGACCACAGGCACUCACGAGGUGCAGAGCCUGCUCAUGAGAACGGGUAGUGUGAGAUCUACUCUCUCAGAAAGCAUGCAGCUUGACAGAAAUACACUACCCAAAAAGGGACUAAGAUACACCCCAUCAUCUCGGCAGGCCAACCAAGAAGAAGGCAAAGAGUGGCUGCGAUCGCAUUCCACUGGCGGGCUGCAGGAUACUGGCAACCAGUCUCCCUUGGUCUCCCCUUCUGCCAUGUCAUCGUCAGCCACCGGAAAAUAUCACUUUUCCAACUUGGUGAGUCCCACCAACCUCUCCCAGUUUAACCUGCCUGCACCCAGUAUGAUGCGCUCCAGCAGUAUCCCCGCCCAGGACUCCUCCUUCGACCUCUAUGAUGAUGCCCAGCUUUGCGGUAGUGCAACUUCCCUGGAGGAAAGGCCACGGGCCGUUAGCCACUCCGGCUCAUUCAGAGACAGCAUGGAGGAAGUUCAUGGCUCUUCACUGUCAUUGGUCUCCAGCACAUCAUCCCUUUACUCUACGGCUGAAGAGAAGGCUCAUUCAGAGCAAAUCCAUAAGCUACGGAGAGAACUGGUUGCCUCCCAGGAGAAAGUCGCUACCCUCACGUCUCAGCUGUCAGCAAAUGCUCACCUUGUAGCAGCUUUUGAAAAGAGUUUAGGGAAUAUGACUGGCCGUUUGCAAAGUCUAACCAUGACAGCGGAACAAAAGGAAUCUGAGCUUAUCGAACUGCGGGAAACCAUUGAAAUGUUGAAGGCCCAGAACUCUGCUGCCCAAGCAGCCAUUCAGGGAGCACUGAAUGGCCCAGACCACCCUCCCAAAGAUCUCCGCAUCAGAAGACAGCACUCCUCUGAAAGUGUUUCUAGUAUCAACAGCGCAACGAGCCAUUCCAGCAUUGGCAGUGGUAAUGAUGCUGACUCCAAGAAAAAGAAGAAGAAAAACUGGGUGAACUCUAGAGGAAGUGAGCUGAGAAGUUCUUUCAAGCAAGCCUUUGGCAAGAAAAAGUCCACCAAGCCGCCUUCCUCGCAUUCGGACAUUGAAGAGCUGACAGACUCAUCCCUGCCAGCCUCCCCCAAGCUACCCCACAAUGCUGGCGAGAGUGGCUCUUCAUCCAUGAAGCCCUCGCAGUCAGCCUCAGCGAUCUGCGAGUGCACUGAGGCUGAGGCCGAGAUCAUUCUGCAGCUGAAGAGCGAGCUCAGAGAGAAGGAAUUAAAAUUAACAGAUAUAAGGCUGGAGGCCCUCAGCUCUGCUCACCAUCUCGAUCAGAUCCGGGAAGCCAUGAACCGGAUGCAGAACGAAAUUGAAAUAUUGAAGGCUGAAAAUGAUCGGCUGAAGGCAGAGACUGGAAACACAGCUAAACCUGCCAGGCCCCCUUCUGAUUCCUCAAGCACAGCCUCUUCUUCUUCUUCACGCCAGUCCUUAGGGCUUUCACUCAACAACCUGAACAUCACAGAGUCUGUUACCUCAGAUAUUUUGCUAGAUGACACUGGUGAUGCAACAGGACAUAAGGAUGGCCGCAGUGUGAAAAUUAUAGUGUCCAUCAGCAAGGGCUACGGUCGAGCCAAGGACCAGAAGUCUCAGGCAUAUUUGAUAGGAUCCAUUGGUGUUAGUGGAAAAACUAAAUGGGAUGUCUUAGAUGGUGUCAUUAGGCGUCUCUUUAAGGAAUAUGUGUUCCGAAUUGAUACAUCCUCUAGUCUUGGUCUGAGCUCUGACUGCAUUGCUAGCUACUGUAUAGGAGAUUUAAUUAGAUCUCAUAACCUGGAAGUGCCUGAACUGCUACCUUGUGGAUACCUGGUUGGAGAUAAUAAUAUCAUCACUGUGAACCUGAAAGGGGUAGAAGAAAAUAGUUUGGACAGUUUUGUUUUUGAUACACUGAUUCCUAAGCCAAUUACCCAAAGGUACUUUAACUUGUUGAUGGAGCACCACAGAAUUAUCCUCUCAGGACCAAGCGGGACGGGAAAGACCUAUUUAGCAAACAAACUUGCUGAAUAUGUCAUAACAAAAUCUGGAAGGAAAAAGACAGAAGAUGCCAUUGCUACCUUUAAUGUGGACCACAAGUCAAGUAAGGAACUGCAGCAGUAUCUUGCCAACCUGGCUGAACAAUGCAGUGCAGACAAUAAUGGGGUAGAGCUCCCUGUUGUCAUAAUUCUGGACAAUCUUCACCAUGUGGGCUCUUUGAGUGACAUCUUCAAUGGUUUUCUCAAUUGUAAAUACAACAAAUGCCCUUAUAUUAUUGGAACCAUGAAUCAGGGAGUCUCCUCAUCACCAAAUUUAGAACUACAUCACAAUUUCAGGUGGGUAUUAUGUGCAAACCACACGGAACCCGUGAAAGGCUUUUUAGGCAGGUAUCUUCGCAGGAAACUGAUAGAGAUGGAAAUUGAGAGGAAUAUACGUAAUAACGACCUGGUCAAAAUUAUCGACUGGAUUCCUAAGACAUGGCAUCAUCUCAAUAGUUUUCUGGAAACUCACAGUUCUUCUGAUGUCACCAUUGGUCCUCGGCUCUUCCUUCCUUGCCCCAUGGAUGUGGAAGGUUCUAGGGUGUGGUUCAUGGAUCUUUGGAAUUAUUCCUUGGUACCUUAUGUUCUGGAGGCAGUGAGGGAAGGCCUACAGAUGUAUGGGAAACGUGCACCGUGGGAAGAUCCCUCCAAGUGGGUCCUUGACACGUACCCAUGGAGUUCUGCAUCCUUGCCUCAGGAAGGCCCAGCUUUACUGCAGUUGCGGCCAGAAGAUGUUGGCUACGAAGCCUGCACAUCUACAAAGGAAGCCACAACGUCAAAGCACAUUCCCCAGACUGAUACAGAAGGGGACCCCUUGAUGAAUAUGCUAAUGAAGCUCCAAGAAGCCGCCAAUUACCCCAGCACUCAAAGCUGUGACGGCGAUAGUGUCAGCCACCGUGAAGACAUUUUGGAUACAUCUAUUGAAUCCACCCUCUAAAGGGUGAACGAGUUAGGCAAAGGACUAUGCUUUUCAAAAGGUGUUUUAAAAGACAGGUAUUGUCACUAAACCACUGCCAGUAUGAAAAGUCCCCUGUCCAGGGCCCUGGCCCAGAGUUGUGGUGUCCACGGAGGUAGCAGAAUUAGGUUGGAACUGACAAGAUGCUAAAUUGAAAUGGGAGCUUAAGUUUACUUUAUUCCCAGGCAUUUUUAUAACCAUGGAGUUCGCAACGGCUCCAUUGCUUGACUGGAAAGGGCCCUAAAGACGGGGCAACCGAGUAGAUUACACACGGGAUAGUGAGACUGGACUUUAUUUUCUUCCUCUUUCAAAGUUUACAGUGCAGGCCUAUUUUUUUUCUUUUUCUUCUUUUUCUUUUUCGUGCCUUUCUUUUGUUUCCUCGGGGCGGAGGCUGCCCUUCUCAGGCAGGAUCCUUCUGAUCCAUGGAACUUCCUUUGUGCCACAUGGUGCUGGUGACAGGGCCCCAGUAGAGUUUGGGCUGUGUGCUCCCUCACUGCAGAAUGAACCCACGAGGCCAGUCCUCCAUAAGCACAAAAGGAAUUGUGCACCCACCGCAAAAUAAAAUCGCCUGUGGCCAACGGGAAGGACCAGCUUCCUUCUAACUGCCGUGCGCUCCUCCUGAAGGGCGCUACCCUCACUUAGGGUAUGAGUCAUGGGUUUUAUAAGGUUGUUUUUACCACAGUGGUCUUUUCAAACCACCUGCCAACUCCCUGAACCAGAGUUUUAUACCAAUUAUUAGUCAACACUGACAAAAGGCUUUUUAGGGCUUUGUUUGUUUGAGCCUUUUCAGUGAAAGAAGGAACAUUUUCUAUGGUGCUGUCUCACUGCCUUAAACCAGACUUCUCCAACAGUUUCAACAGUUCGUUUCAACACUAAACCAUUGGUAAUUUCCACUGUCUCUUCAUUGACAACCAAGCAACACACCAGUUAACACAGCAGCCUCAUUUUCUGUAUAUCAUCUUUUUAAAUUUUCCUUUUCUUGAAGAAAUGGAUAGGAGAAAGAUCAGUAUUUUUUAUCAUAUGAAUAGAGAUUUCUUUGCCUAUCCUGCAAAUAAUUCGAGAACCAUAGAACCCUUCCUUGGCCAUCACUUAAAAGCAGAGACAUGUGGCUGCAUUCUGCCUAGUUCUAAAAUGAGAGCAUUUCUGAAGGUGGGAGAUUCCUAAUCUGGAUCCAGUUGAACUACAAGUACUGGAUUCGGCAUGAGCACAAACCAUUUGGCUUUCCUCCCCUCAUGUUUAUCUUUCAAAGACAAAAGUUAGUUUUUGGUGCAUGUUUUGAGUGCUAUCGUCAUACACGAGACAUUCUGCAUUAAGGAGCGCUGAUCUGGUCAGUCACUGUGGAAGAGGAAGUACUUAUACUGUACAAGAAGGUUAGAUUUGCACAGUCUACUGGGUAGGUAUUGUAAAUAAUGAUUUUUUUUCCUCCAAACUUGCACAAAUUCAAAAAAAAAAAAAAAACCAGACACAAACAAAAAAAUUGUAUUUUAUCCUGUUGGUGUUAAGAGGCGUCUCGCCUGCUGAGGCUCCCUGUCUGCUGCAAGCGAAUACAGAAUGCAAACCCUCAAAGCUGUUAUUAUCUGGUGUGUUUGUCCUGUACUUAACAAGUUGUUGUGACAAUGCAGGAGCCAUCAGUGCUAGAGUGAGCAUGCUUCAGAACUGUACAUGAGGCCGGUACAAUUUUGGAUGAGUAACUGCCUGAACGUACAUAUCUCGUGGCGGGCUAUUAAGACAGUGCCUGAGAACUAACCAGUCACUGGCAGACGUACACCAGCCACAGAGGACAGGUUCCAAGUUUAUGAAACCUAAGGUCUAUGUCACGGUAGAGAUGAAGCUCUGUGCGCCUUUUAGGAGAUAUCAUUGGUGCUACCCUCUGUGACCACCUUUGGGUUGGUUUCCGUAGAGCAAAAUUAGCAAUGAGAGGUAUCUGGUGCAGAUUUCGGAAUGUCGCUAAGAAUCUAGGUCCUUUCACGGUGCUACUGCCCCGAGGGAUACCAGACUGAGCUGAGGCACACAGAAUUGUCACCCUGACUUUGGAACCUCAACUGUGGAUCAAACCUAUUGUGCACCAUCAAUCUAUGUAGCUGGAUGAGUGGACUAGUCGCCCUUGUAUGAUAUGUGAGCUAAAGGAAAUUGCUCAUCUUUCAUUUUUUUCGAGACACACAGUCCACACAUGAGCAUCAAGAGAACUUCCUGCAAUACAUCCCAGUAGGUACACCUAGUUUACAAUUUAAACUAGUUUGUGAAACAUUUGUCUGUAUACAUUUUAUAUUUUGUACAUUUUUUGAUGUAACAUAUCAUGUAAAUAGGAAGAAGCAGUGAAAAAAUCAUCCGAAAAGUUUUGUAGUCUUUGUAAAGCCCCAUACAAUAAGUAUUUGGUGUCAAUGGAUCUAACGGGAUGAUGUAUUUUCUAUUGGUUUAUUGUCCCCCUAGCUUGUAAACCAGCUUGCAUAUAUUUUUUUGCAAAUGUGCACCCUGUAUCUGUCUAAAUUAUUACCUUGCCAUUAAAGUGGAAUUAUUUAUUGACAACAAGGUGUGGUGUCUAUGUAUGGGGAAAUUUUGAAUAACUAUGUGCAGGGACAUGUCAAGCUAUACAAUGUUUCUUCACUAUUAACACACCAUCAUUAGGCAUCUGUGUCCAUCUAAAUUCCAUAAGCACCUGAGGAAGGAUUCCAAAGCUUUUAAGGAAAUAAAUUUAACUAAAUGCAGUACCUAUGUAGCUCCUAAAGUGAAAGUUAUUUAUUCAGUGAAUAUUUUUGAAAAUUCUGAAUGGUAUUCAAAUAUGCCUGAUAUCAAAACACAAAUUAAUAUAGAAAUAAAAU